ACAUUUAAAUAGAAACUCUUUCAAUAUAUUUGAGUUAUCCAAAAAUAAAAAUUUGAAAGAAAUUGAGUUGUUUUUGUUGAUCCAAAAUCAAAUUGAAUACCAGAAUUGAAUUGAGUGGUGGAGACGAGAGAGAUGUUGAUCUACCACACUCCUACCCCUCCUCCUCCACACGGUGGCGCCGCCUCCCUCCGUCGCCCGUCGCUCGCUCUUCACUGCCACCUCUCCGACCACCAAACAACACCUCAAUUGGCAACUCCCCUCACCCUCAUCGACAAAUCGUCGCUGUCUGUUUCAGCGGCGUGCUCGGAAGCCGAGCUCCUGGCCGCCGCUCGCCUCCGCGUCCGCACCUUCUACGACUUCAACGAGCAAACUUUCCGCAUCGAAGAUCGUACAAGGUACUUGGUUGAACGUGAGUAUGAAGCACUAUGUGAACGUGUAGCCGGAAAGAGAAAGGGAUUUAGGAAAGUUUCCUGCAUAAAUGCUACAUUGCCCAUCUCAUGGAUGAUGAAUGUCUCCAAAGACUUGUGUGCUGCUUGUAAAUUUUCACAAAAUGGAGAAGACAGAGUUGUUGUUGGGACACUGGAUCUAAAUCAGUGUGUUGGCCUUCCUGAUGAAAUAGUAGGAAUGAAGCCUCAGGCGAUUGGAUCUGAUUUUGCGAGGGCGUAUAUUAGCAACGUAUGCGUAGCUGAAGAGUUGCAUCGGAAUGGUUUGGGCUAUGAACUGAUUGCAGAGUCUAAGAGGGUUGCGGAACACUGGGGAAUAAGCGACUUAUACGUUCAUGUGGCUGUGAAUAAUGAGGCAGCUAAAAAUCUCUACUUGAAAAGUGGCUUCACCGUAGAGAGUGAUGAACCAGCGUGGCAAGCUAGGUUCUUCGAUCGCCCCCGAAGGCUUCUUUUGUGGACAGGUCUUCCUAUUACAUACCAAUUGUAAUACAUGAAAGCAUUAUCCAGUGCAAAUUUCUCUGUAUUCAAUGGUUUUUCUUGCUGACUCUUUUUCGUGUAAAGUUUCUCUGGAUCAUAUCAUCUGUAUACAACCUUUGCGUUCUUACAUUCUAUCUACUAUUUGCAGUAUCAAA